AUGUCCGCGGCCACCGUGACCAGCAAGGGCGCAAGGAAGCGUAAGCUGCCAACCGAAACACCGCAGACGCCGUCGAGCCCCGCGAACGCGCACCCGCAAGGACAGCAGCGAAAACUACCAAAGCUGAUUGGGCCGCACGAGUCCAUCACGGCCGAGCUCCAACUCAAGCAUGAUGUCCUCGUCGCCUCCGUCAUCUCGUCGACCAAGAUACGAAAACGAAUCACGCAGAUUGCGGCCCACCUCGGGGAAUCGGCUGGCAAGCCGCGCGUCGUGUUGCUGCACGCGCGGACGGCCGAAGUCUGCAAGAUGAUCACCAUCGUAGAACACUGCAAGAGAGCGCUGAAAGAAAAAGGCAAAGCUUGGUACCAAUACAAUCAACUUUUCGACGUACCAGACGAACCCAGGAAGAAGAGGGACGUGGUAGAGGAAACGGUUCUCGACAAAGAGGACGAACCCUCCGAUGACGACGACUUCGAAGCGAUGCAGAGCCGAUUCGAGAACGCGUUGCUGCCGCCUGCUUCGGAUCGGACCGUCAAGUCGAUGAGGAUCUUUCUAUCCCCGCAGCUGGUCCCGGAGUUGCGGUCGAAAGAUGACGUGACGGAGCAAACAAGCGAGACAUAA